UUAAAAAUGGCUGCUAAACCUAAACAAGUGAUCGACCCUCGGUUUGCUGAGAGAAUGUUUGUUCACAGCCAGACAAGGGUUCCCAAAUAUUCCCGUGAUCAUGGUCAAGUACCCAAACUCUAUGUUCAGGAAUGGAAGACUGACAUGAAAAACAGAGAACUUAUCAUAAAGAAUGCUGAACUUGGCGGAGUACCCCAUUUUGAACAUGAUGAAAACCUGUUUCUUGACAGGAGAGAACAGAUGACAUACAAUGUUGAAGAUGGGAACCGUGUUGACAGGAAAUGCCGCAUGCCAGACCGAGCCCAUUUGCUUAGACCACCUUUUCAUCAUGAAACUUCCCGCUACCAAAGUGAACUGAUGUUCCGCAGAGAUGUAUAAGCUGUCUUUGCACCAUUAUAACAACUAUCCGGAUAAAUGAACAUAAAACUUUGUGUGGAUUUUGUGUGCAUGUUUUUAUGGCUGGAUGAUAUUGAAAUUAUUUUGAUCUUACAGUAUUAUUUGCACAAUCAUCAUGUUAGAUCUGUCAGUAUUAUUUGCACAAUCAUAAUGUAAGCUUUUUUAUUGCACAUUUCAAAGUCAUUAAUGUAGUGCACAGAUGUUCACUGUUUCCUGUCUUUAUGAAAGUUUAAUUCCUUUGUAGAAAAAUGAACAAUUAAAUUUUGUAGUUGAUUAUUAAAACAUUUACUUUUAUGUUUGGAAACUAAAACUAUCCUUGAAGUUGAUUUUGGAUGACUUCCAUUCUACAAUAAAAAAAAUGUUUGUAUACCUGUAAUUUUAUAUACAUGUAUAUUAUAUACCGUACUUGUACUUGCUCAUUUUGAUGAUGCAUUUUUUUGGUAAUAUUGAUAAUCAGAUAUAAGUUGUCUUUCUACUUUCCACUUUGUUUUCUAAUCCUUUGUCACCUUGUUGAAUCUAUCAUUACUAUUUAGUAAUAUAUUGUUUGUUGAUGUUUGUGUUUCAUUAAAAAGCAAAAUACAA